GUCAUCGUCAUAUAGACAUUUUAUCUCAUAACCAAGUCAUCCAGUUUUUUUUCUUUUCAUUGUACCAGUGCUUGUACAAUUUUUGUUUUUGUUUUUAUUUUUAUUUUUUAUUUUUUUUCCAUCCUCGAAUAAAUCAUUCUUGUCGAAUCCAAGUUUUGUUUUCCAUUCUCAUUUCACUUUUACACACUCUCUUACUUUACUCUCUACUCUCUGUACUCACACUCUGUCCGUUUACAACAAAUUCCUCUUUCUGCAAUCUUCGCUGUGUUUCUACUUUUGGAUUGGUCAGCAUUUUACAAUUUAACAAACUCUUACAUAAGCGCAUUUUUCCAAAACAAUCCUCGGUAGUGACGGUCUAUUUUCUCAUAUCGUUUAUAAACUAGAUUCUCCCUCCCUUGCAGCUUUUUAGAAUGCAAACAGUUAAAGCAUUUCGCCAAUUUUCCAGUAUGACAAGCAACUCUUCCAAAACCUUAGCCAAGGCCAUGGUUUUCUCUGAAUUCGGAAACCCUCGCGAUGUCCUCCGUACUGCUAGUUAUCCCCUUCCCCAACACUCUGACAAUGAAGUCUCUGUUCGCUACUUAGCCUCCCCAAUCAAUCCAUCCGAUAUCAACCAAAUUCAAGGUGUAUAUCCUUCUCGACCUCCUUUCACCCACGAUGUCUCUCCCUCCAAACCCUCAGCUGUGGCCGGCAACGAAGGUCUACUUGAAAUCACCGGCGUCGGUAAAAACUUGGAAAAGCUCUAUUCCCCUGGACAAUGGGCCGUUAUGGCUUCGACAAACUUGGGUACCUGGAGAACCCGCAACAACUUGGCUCCCAAUCAACUCAUCGCUUUGGAUAAAUCUGCUUUCCCUAGCAUCGUUGAAGCCGCUACACUUACCGUCAAUCCUUGUACUGCUUAUUGCCUCUUGAAGAAAAUUGUUCCCAUGGAAAAGGGCGAUUGGUUCAUCCAGGAUGGUGCCAAUAGUAUGGUAGGCCUUGCUGCCAUCCAACUUGCAAAGCACUUUGGUUUUAACAGUAUUAACGUCAUCCGUAAUCGUCCCGACGUCGACCAGCUCAAGCAACAGCUGUAUUCCAUGGGCGCUAAUGUCGUAAUCACCGACGAAGAACUCAUGAAUCGUGCUUGGAUGAAGGAAAACGUUCCAAAGUGGACUCAAGGUAAUAAAGUCAAGCUAGGUAUCGACUGCAUAAGCGGUCGAGUCGCUACGGAAAUGGCCAAGUACAUGAGUGAAGGAGCUACUAUGGCAACCUACGGAGGUAUGUCACGCCAGCCUCUUGCUGUUCCCGUUUCCUUGCUCAUCUUCAAGAACAUUCAUUUCCACGGUUUCUGGGUAACCAAAUGGAAAUCCGAAAAUCCAAAGGAAUAUGAAGCCCUUGUCCUUGAAAUCCAAGAACUCAUCAGGGAAGGUGUUUUGCGCUCCGCAAACACAAAGCUCAUCGACAUUCCCGAAUCCGCCGAUGGAAAGUCUUUCUACGACACAUUUUUGGAUGCUAUUGAACAGCAUGGAAAAUCUAUCAUUCAAUUCCGUUAUGACUAGACUUAUAUGAGUAUGUUACGACAGCUUUACCUCUCCUCUUGCUAUGAAUAAUACAGUAAUAAAACUAAUAAAUUUAGCUACCGGUUCAGUUUUAGUUACUCUAUGAAAUUAUUAUAUCAUAAAAGCUAAAAUUAUCGUACUAUCCUAGAAAUUAUACCUUCUUUU